UGAAGACUACCCAUUAAUUAAGCUCAAGUGGGAAGUUAGAAAGAAUACAUCCAUUGUGUUGGUUUUAACAUCUAAUGGCGGACGAUCGAUUCCGUGUUCGAGUUGAGGAUGUUGAAUCUAACUCAGAUGAUUCAUCUAAUGAUGGGGACCAGCCGUAUAAUGUGAACAAGGAAACUGAUUUGGGUGAGCCAGAAGAUCAGGCGCAAGAUGUAUUGGAGAGAAUGAUAGAUGACUUUGAAAUUGCAGCUGAGCAAGCGCCUCCAAUCGAUAAUGCCAUUGUGGAGCCAUUUUGUGAGGAUCAAAGUGGAGUGGGGGUGCAGGCACCAGCGAAGAAAAAGCAGAGGGGUCCGACGACAGCUUUCAAGAAACCUGUCGGUCCUAUGGUCUUGGAGUAUGACAGGGUAGGGAAACCCUUAGGUAAAUGGCGUCGUCGGUAUGCUGGUCAAGUUGGGAUUUGUGCGCGCAAAAUCCCCAUUACGCUUCGUAUGAGCGACGUACCUACAGGCUUGAUUGACACGUUUUGGAAUGAUACCAGGGAAAUGAGGGAGCAGAAUUACAGGAAUGCAUUGCAAAAGCAAUACCACCAUCAUAUGGGAGCAAUGACGUAUGAUGAAUGGAGGGAUACGUGGAUUGAUACUCCUUCACAUGCGAACUCAAGGGGGCUUGAUACUCCGACACCUCAUCACUUUCCUAUUCUACAGGAAGAGACCCGUUGUGAACUUCUUCACCCGGGGGAAUCAUAUGAUGGACCUUUGAAAGUUGUUGCCUAUGGUAGUGCACAACCGGCCGAACAAGGCACGAUCCAUCUUCGACCUCUUCUGCCCGAGCAUUAUUCUGUCGGGAUCCAUUCUGUGGUUCCCAUGUUCGAGGAGAUCUUAAUACCUGUGCCCGUGGAGGAGGAUGAGUUCACUACACUCUGGGCAGCAAAAGUGCGUACAACAGGAAAACGGAGUUGA